AGAGCCCUGAGAGCAGCAGGAGGAUGGAGGGGAAGGCAGUAGUGAACGGCCACGCUGUCCCCAGGGAGGACAUGCCAAGAACAAACAAGUCAUGCCAGGAGGUGAUGCCACACAAGCAGCAAGGAGCAGCUGGUGGGGACGUGGUGGCACUGGCUGCUCCCUCCAAGGCAGCUGGAAGCAUUGCUGGAGUCUAUGUAGAGGCUUCCAAGAAGAUCAUGAGCUUCUAUGAGGCCACCAGGGAGCAUCUCCUGAGCCUGGAGGCAGCCCUGACCCUCCUGGAGGCCCAGGCAGCCACAGGGUACAUCACUGACCCAGUGACCACCAGGAGAGUGUCCGUGGCCGACGCUGUGAGGUUGGGGUUGGUGGGGCUGGAGCUGAAGGAGAGACUUCUCUCUGCAGAGAGAGCUGCUACUGGCUUUGUGGACCCCUACUCAGAUGAGAAGAUCCCUCUCUACCAGGCAAUGCAGAAGGAGCUGGUGGGGAGGGAACAGGGCCUUAGGCUGCUCCAGGUCCAGGUGGCAACCGGAGGUGUCAUCGACCCAACCACGGGUGGUCGGAUCCCGGUGGAUGUGGCCUGUGAGAAGGGAUAUUUGGAUGAGGAGAUGAGCCAGGUCCUCUCUGACCCCAGCGACGAGGACAGCAAAGGUUUCCUCGACCCCAGCACCAUGGAGAAGGUCACUUAUAUGGAGCUCAGGAAGAGAUGUGUGGUGGAUCCAACCUCAGGCUUCCUCCUCUUGCCCCUGCAGAUCACCUUCCCAGGGCUGGGAGGGAGGGUGAGCAGCAGGGACCUGCUGGACUCUGGCAUCAUCAGCAUUGAGGUGUUCCAAGGCCUCGAGGAGGGAAGCAUCUCUCCCCAGGAGGUGGCAGAGAACGACACUGUUCAGCAGUUCCUGCGAGGGACGAGGAGUGUGGCUGGGGUUGUCUUACCUUCUGGGGAGCAGAAGAGCCUUUACCAGGCUCUGAGAGAACAUCUCCUCCUGCCUGGGGCUGCUCUGAUGCUCCUGCAGGUCCAGGCCUCCACGGGCAGCCUGACAGACCCUCUGAAGAACAAGAGCUACUCAGUGGAUGAGGCUGUCAGGGUUGGGCUCGUGGGCCCAGAGCUCCAUGAGAAACUGUCUUCAGCUGAGAAAACCAUCACUGGCUACAGGGACCCUUACACAGGGGAGCUGCUGUCUCUGUUCCAAGCCAUCAGGAAGGGCUUUGUGCCCAGGGACCAUGGGCUGUGCCUUCUGGAGGCUCAGGUGGCCACGGGAGGGGUGAUUGCUCCAGGGAGACACCUCCGUGUGCCCUCAGAGACAGCCUGUGCCUGGGGGUACCUGGAUGAGGCCACCAGGCAGCUCCUCUCCAGCCCCACUGGGGAUGUGAAAGGCUUCUUCGACCCCAGCUCCAAGGAGAAGCUGAGCUACACGGAGCUGCUCAAGCGUUGUGUGACUGAUCCCACCACGGGGCUCCUCCUGCUGCCGCUGGAAGCAGCUCAUGGAACUCACCUCUUCUUUGACCACAGGGCCCAAACAGCUCUGGAGAACACACAGAUCCCCAUGGCCUUGGGGAAAUUCAAGGGCAAGUCGGUGUCUCUCUGGAAGCUUCUCUUCUCUGACUACAUCCAGGGCGAGCAAAGAGCUUUGCUCGCUCAGCAGUACCUGGAGGGAACACUCUCCACACAAGGACUGGGUGAGGCCAUCAGAGCUGCUGCUGAGGAAGCUGCUGCCACUGCCAACGUCACCUUCGAGGGCCUGAGGGAGCGUGUGACAGCUGACCAGCUCCUAAGCUCAGAAAUCAUCAACCAAGACUUGUUCAAGAAGCUCAAGGAGGGAGAAACGUCAGCCAAGGAGGUCGUCAGCAUGGACACGGUGAGGAAGUACCUGCAGGGCACGGGGAGCAUCGCUGGGCUGCUACUCCCUGACUCCCAGGAGAAGAUCAGCAUCUACCAGGCAAAGAGGAAAGGACUUCUGAGGCCUGGGACUUCUCUGAUCCUCCUGGAGGCCCAAGCUGCCACGGGGUUUGUCAUUGACCCUGCUGCCAACAGGAGAUACUCCGUGGACGAAGCUCUACGAGCGAACGUCAUCGGCCCCGAUGUCUACGACAAACUCUUGGCUGCUGAGAAAUCAGUCACUGGCUACAGAGAUCCUUACUCAGGGGGCAAGAUCUCCCUCUUCCAGGCCAUGCAGAAGGAGCUGAUUGUCAAGGACCACGGGAUUCGCCUGCUGGAGGCGCAGAUCGCCACCGGUGGCAUCAUCGACCCAGUCAACAGCCACCGCAUCCCCGUGGAGGUGGCUUACAAACGUGGCUACUUCGACAAGAAGAUGAACUUAAUCCUCUCUGACCCCAGUGAUGACACCAAGGGCUUCUUCGACCCCAACACCCACGAGAACCUGACCUACCUGCAGCUGAAGGAGAAGUGCAUCACUGAGGCCUCCACGGGGCUCUGCCUCCUCCCCUUGAACAGCAGGAAGAGGCAGUUCAUCGAUGAGACCACCAGGGCCUACACUGAGGAGCAAAUCCAGCGGCUCUUCAAAGAGACUAUGGUGAAGGAAAAGGGAAUUUCCCUCUGGGAGCUCAUCCAUUCAGGGUAUUUCACCGAGGAGCAGAGGAGAGACUUCACGGAGCGGUUCCGGGCGGAGGAGCUGUCGCUGCAGCAGUUGGUGGCUCUCGUGCUCAAGCUGGUGGGGGAGGUGGAGAUGAAAGCUCGCACCCAGAUCUCUCUGGAAGGCCUGAGGGGCAAUGUCCCCGUGGUCUGGCUGCUGGACACUGGGAUCAUCUCUGAGAAGACCUUUGAAGAGCUGGCUCAGGGCAGAAGAACUCCCGAGGAAGUGGCUGCGAUGGAGAGUGUGAAGAGGUACCUGCAGGGCACAGGGAGCAUCGCUGGCGUCUUCAUAGAGGCAUCCAAGCAGAAGAUGAGCUUCUAUGAGGCCAUGAAAAACAACCUCCUCCUCCCUGGGGCCGCUCUGAGGCUGCUGGAGGCUCAGGCAGCCACGGGGUACCUCACUGAGCCCACGACCAACCGGAGGCUCAGUGUGAGGGACGCGGUGAGAGAGGCUGUGGUCGGUGAAGAGCUCACUGAGAAGCUCCUCCUGGCCGAGAGGGCUGUGACAGGCUACACAGAUCCCUACACAGGGAGCUCCAUCUCCCUGUGCCAAGCGCUCCGGAAGGAGCUGAUCCCCCUGGGAGAGGCUGUGCCCUUGCUGGAGGCCCAGCUGGCCACGGGAGGGGUCAUUGACCCCAUCCACCACCUCCACCUGCCGCUCCAGGCCGCGUAUAGGUUUGGCUUCUACGACGAGGAGCUGAACCAAACCCUCUCCCAGCCGAGUGACAGCACCAAGGUCUUUUUUGACCCCAACACCAAGGAGAACGUGACCUAUGAGCAGCUGAAGGGUCGCUGUGUCCGUGAUGCUGAGUCAGGUCUGUGGCUCCUCCCUCUGUCAGAGGACUCAAUGUUCUGCAAGAAGUUUGCGUUCAAGGGCCUGAGGAAAAGAGUCUCUGCCAGUGACCUCUUCCAGUCCCAACUGAUAGACAAAAAAACCCUGGAUGAGCUCAACCAGGGGAAGAAAACAGUCCAAGAAGUCACUGCGAUGGAAUCUGUUCGCAGGUACCUCGAGGGCACCAAUUUCAUCGCAGGAGUCCUCAUCCAGCCGAGCAAGGAGAAGAUGAGCAUCUACCAGGCCAUGUGGAAGGGCAUCCUGAGGCCAGGGACAGCCCUGGUGCUGCUGGAGGCACAAGCUGCCACUGGCUACAUCAUUGACCCGGAGAAGAACAAGAGGUUCUCCGUGGAGGAGGCACUGGGAGAAGGGCUGAUCGGAGCGGAAGUGUACGAGAAGCUUCUCUGCGCGGAGAGAGCUGUGACAGGCUACACUGACCCCUACACAAAGGCCCCAAUGUCCCUCUUUGAGGCCAUGAAGCAAGGGCUGAUAGUGAAGAGCCAUGGGAUCCGCCUGCUCGAGGCGCAGAUCGCCACCGGCGGCAUCAUCGACCCCGUGCACAGCCACCGCCUGCCCGUGGACGUGGCCUACCAACGCGGCUACUUCGAUGAGGAGAUGAACCGCAUCCUCUCCGACCCCAGCGAUGACACCAAGGGCUUCUUCGACCCCAACACCCAGGAGAACCUGAGCUACCUACACCCAGAGACAGGGCUGUACAUGCUGCAGGUGGUCAGGGAAGGAGGGAAGUACUUCUACAUUGACGAGGCCACAAAACAGGCUCUGCGCUCCCAGAACCUCCCAGUGAAGGUUGGAAGGUUUAAGGACCAAACAGUUUCCAUCUGGGAGGUUCUCUGCUCUCAUUAUGUCUCGGAGCAGAGGAGGAAAGAGCUGGUGAUGCAGUACAAGAGCAAAACCCUAACGCUGGAAGAGCUGAUCUCUCUCAUCUUACAACUCAUUGAGGACACAGAGAGAAGGGCAGAAGGUCUCAAGGUCAGAGGACUCCGGGGGGAGGUGUCGGUGUCAGAGCUGUUUAACUCAGAGAUAAUUGACAAGAAGACUCUGGAUCAGCUGCAGGAUGGGAGUCUCACCCUUGCCAACCUCACCAAGAGAGACACCAUUCAGAGGUACCUGGAGGGCACUGGAAGCAUCGCUGGGGUUCUCCUCCCAUCCAGGAAGGAGAAGAUGAGCAUCUACCAAGCGCUGAAGAAGGGUCUGCUCACAGAGCAGUGUGCACUGGGGCUGCUGGAGGCACAGGCAGCCACUGGUUUCCUCAUCGACCCCCUGAACAACCAGAAGCUCUCGGUGGACGAGGCCAUCUCCUCGGGGCUGGUGGGCAGAGAGCUGCAGGAGCAGCUGCUGUGGGCAGAGAGAGCCGUGACAGGACACACAGAUCCUCACACAGGAGGUAAGAUCUCCCUUUUCCAGGCUGUGAGGCAGAAGGUGACAGUCAGGGACCACAGCAUCCCCCUCCUCGAGGCCCAGCUCGCCACCGGUGGCAUCGUGGACCCUGUGCACAGCCACCGCCUGCCCGUGGCCGUGGCCUACCGCCGGGGCCACCUGGACGAGGACAUGUUCCUCUUGCUGACGGAUCCAGACCAUGGCAGCAAAGGCUACAUCGACCCAAACACUCACGAGAAGAUCAGCUACAAUCAGCUCCUGCAGAGAUGUGUCCAAGGCGAGCAGAGUGGCCUGUACCUGCUACAGGUGCUGGAGAAGAAUGAUGAUUACUUCUACAUCGAUGAGCAAACUAAAUCUGCCCUGGUAUGCACAAAGGUCCAAGUGUCAGUGGGAAAGUACAAGGGACAAGUGUUAUCCCUCUGGGACCUUCUCUGCUCCGAGUACAUCACGGAGGAGAAGAGGAAAGAGCUGGUAAAGAAGUACAAGGCAGAAUCCCAACACAUCCUGCAAGGAAUCAUUGAGACAAUCCUGAAGCUCAUUAGAGACAAAGAGGAGGGCAGAAGUGAUGUCUGGUUCCAGGGAAUCCGGCAGCAAAUUACAGCAUCAGAACUGCUCAGUGCAAAAAUCAUCACCGAGGAGACCAUGGAGAAACUCCAUGAGGGCAAAGAGACAGCACAGGGCAUAGCUCAAAUGGAGAGCGUGAGGAGGUACCUCGAGGGAACCGGUGUCAUCGCCGGUGUCCUGGUGCCCUCCAAGGCCGACCCCAGCAAGCUGGAGAAGAUGAGCAUCUACGAGGCCAUGUGGAAGGGGCUCCUGAGGCAGGGCACGGCGCUGGUGCUGCUGGAGGCGCAGGCGGCCACCGGCUUCGUGGUGGACCCGGUCAGCAACAAGAAGCUCUCGGUGGCCGAGGCCGUG